AUGGCGUCCAACGAGGACGGCGAUCUGAUUGAUCUUGCGAACGAUGCGUGCGUGCCGCGGGUCACCGUGAACGAUGCGACACCCGACGAACAGGAGCAUCUGCUGGACGUGUGUCCGCCGAAGCUGGAGCAGAAACUCUCUCUUACCAGGCAGCAAGAGCGAGUGCUGAACAGCCUCGAUAAGGGUGACAUCCUGGUGACCUUGGGCCACGAUCAGGUGGUACCGAUCCGCAAGAGGAUCGACGUGGUGUCGUCGGACACGAUCAAGCGGGUGCGCGACAUCACCAGGAAUCUGGAGCCCGUGAUACGCAGAACCUGCGCGGGCAUUAACGAGGAGACCCAGCAGCAGGACACGGUGGACCACGCGACGGUGCCGAGUUACGAAAGAGCGAGGGAGGCCUCGACGAAGGCGAGGCACGAGGACGAGACGUACGAGACGCGGGAGAUAAACGACGCUUUCGAUUUCCUCGCCGAGCACGAUGACAACGACGACCAAGCGGAAACGGGCUGUUCCGGCUGCGCGAGGAACGAGAACGUCGACCCGAAUCGCACGAUAUCCCCCGCGAGCCUCUUGAUCGGCGGGGAGGAGGACAGGGUCAAUUACCCCGUCGAGUUGUCGUCCGUCAGGAUCGCGAAUAAAGAAGCGAGCGGUAGGAGCGACGCGGAGGAGACGAACGGCGCCGUCACGCCGCGCGAGUACGACGUCCAGCCGGACGAUUCGGUCUGCGAAGCCACGCCGAAUUCGAGCAGGUUCCGCGAGCACAACUCGCCCAAGGGCAGAUCGGUUUCCGUCGAUUCGGAGUCGCGCGCGAGAGUCGUUCUCAAGAGACGCGGCCAGGAAGACGUCGCCUUCGAGCGCGGGAGCAAGAGGCGCUCCUUUCAAAAGUCGCAUCGUAAAUCGUGGACGGAAGGGACGAGCCUAAACCCGACUUUUACCGACGGACUUCCCGGUAUCGAUAGAUCCACCAGUUUCAAGGAGCAUCGCUGCGGAUCGUCGAUUUCCAACGGCGAUCGUGGGGCGCCCAGCUUUCUCACGAGACAGCCGCCGGAAGCGGAAUCAGUGACCGGUCCGCCCGAGGACGUCUGCUCGGACGGUUCCGAGGUGGAUUGGUCGUGGCUCGAGGAAGUGGAGUGCCUGCGGGCCGCGGAGUCCCUCGCGACCGCCGGUGAACGUGGCGAACAGGUAGGGAGGGUGAGCGCUGCCCCCACCGGUUCCAUCGGCGGGAGCGCGGGACGCAGGCGCGCCUCCGAGCGUUGCGAGACGGCGACGAGCCGCAGUGUCGCGAUGUCCGUCACCGCGACGGCAAAGUCCCUAGCGGGUGGCGGCUUGCGGUGGCCACCCUCCGGCGGCGCGCUUCUCCUCGAACGUCAAAACAACAGUGGCAACAAUCGUCGCAGCGGCGAACGGCAUCGCCGGCAUCGCAGCGGUAACGGGAACAAUAACGACGGCGAGGACGAUGAUGAGGAGGCCGCCGCGCGUUGCAACGCCACGAACGAGGCGGCUGAUCGCGAAAAUCGCGACGGCGCGACGGCAACGACGACGACGACGACCGCCACCGCCGCCGGCUCGGUCGCCGCCACCGCGAACUCGUGGAUGCGCGCGUCCAUGCGGCGUCUGCGUCACUUGCGAUUACCCGAGGGCACGCAACGCGCCAGCAACGGUGAAUUAUCGGCCAAUCGGCGCGCCGUCGUCGUCUCGGCGCCGAAUUCGCUGCCGGACAUCGCGCUGAUCGCGCCGGAGAUCCUCGCCGCGCAGACCAACGGCAGCGGCGCGUCCGGCACCGGCCUGCUCCGGCCUUCGAGUGCACCCGCGAGAAACGCGAUCGCCGGCGCCGGCGGCGUCGCGACGCCGCGCCGCGCCGGCCGGCAACUCGCCGGUAGAUCGCGGGGGGCGCGAAAUCGCGAAGCGUCCUCGAGGCAGGGCAGCCUCGCCUCUACGACCACGGCCAGCGACAUCACCACGUCCGGCAACACGACCUGCUCCAGCUCGUUCGGCGGUGCCUCCAGCAGCGCGCCCUCCAGCACGGCGACCAGCCCGCAGCGCACCGCUUUGAGAAGGUCAUCCGAGAGGCAGAGUUACGCCGACAACAGGCAUAACGACAGGGGCGAAGACGAUGACGAGGACGAGAAUCCUCUGGGGAAAUGGCCUCACGCCCUCAGUUCGACCCUCGCGUGUCUCGGCUGCACUCUGGGACUUUUUAACAUUAGCAGAUUCGCCAUUCUUAGCGUGCAGUUUGGAGCUAACUUCAUUGUACAGUUCCUGAUUUUGUCCCUCGUACUGGGCAUCCCGCUAUUGACACUGCAAUUAUGUCUCGGGCAAAGACUGGCGGCCGGUUCCGUGGAUAUGUGGAGAAUAUCGCCGGUUUUCCACGGCGUCGGGAUAGCUCUGCUCACCGCGCAGGCAUUCAUCGGUAUUUACAGCAUAGUCGGCGUAUCGUGGAUGUUCGUCUACUUCAGAGAUUCGUUCAUAACGAAGCAGGACAGGUAUCGAUGGGCGGAGCCGUUUCUUCUGUAUCGAGACGACAGCCGUCCCACGCACAACACCACAGCUUUGUACAAAUUAUACGAGACUGUUCCGGAUUACUUCAGCGGUGCUGUAUUGCAAAGGCAUCAUUUGAAUGAGGCUAAUCCUGGUGUCGUCACGUUGAAGUUCCAAGUGGCCUUCAAUUUAGCCGUCGUGUGGAUGAUCGUGUUUGUAUCACUGAGUAAAGGACUGAGAUCUUACGGAAAAGUUGUGUACGUUUUCACCCUGGUGCCCGUGUUCGGCACGUUAAUCCUUUGCGCGAAGCUGCUCGGACUCACUCCGCCGGGCUCGAUACACCAACUUUUCCCCGCCACCGUCUGGAGCGAAUUCUUUAUUAAUGGCAAGUCAUGGGUGGCUGCCUCGAACGAGGUCUUCCUCACAUGGGGUUUACUCGGUGCGGCCGCUAUGCAGAUAGCGGCUCAUAACAAGCACAAGCAUCUCCUACAGCGUGAUACGAGCUUAGUGGUACUCCUGACGUUUGUGGUUCUCCUUCUCGCGGCUUUUCUCGCGAAUACCUGCGUACAAAUCCUCAGGCAUCACGGCUACGUCUACACCACCAGUUCUUUCGAGAGAAUAUCAGGGUACACGUUUAUGAGGCUUGCCAGCCAACCAGCACCGUCGGGGUACAGCAGCACGCCGGAGAGAUUCAUGUCUCACGCAUCGUUUCUUCUUGGCCAGCGCGUAAUACGACCUGGCGCCGACACGAGUGCCGAGUCCGGAUACCAGGUGUUACGGUUAGCCACUGAAUUGGUGCCCUCGACGCUGGCAUUGUUGGGCACCGAACAGGUGUCGCCGUUCUGGGCGGUCCUGUUUUAUUUCAUUCUCAUCUUAUUUGGAAUCGCACAGCAGUUGGCGAUCUGGCAUUGUGUAAUAACCGGUAUAAUGGCGAUCAACACGAAAAUGAUGAAGCUGUGGGAGACCACAAUCACGUUUUUCAGCUGCGCUUGUGCCUACAUACUCGGAUUGCCUAUGGCUACGGAGUUGGGUAUUUACGUCGUGUACUAUCUCGAUUACACCGUCGGCGGGGCUUGGUGGAUAAUUAGCUUGUAUCUAAUACAAAUCGUCGCCGUGUUCGGGGUCCGCGGGCGACCGCAUACCGGCGAGACGGUCGUCGCCGAGUUAUUCCCACCGACCGGGCGAUGUCUCAGGUACUGGGCUGGUCCUCUUCUCUCCUUCACGUGGAACGUCGUUCUUCCCGUCAUUUUAUUGGUUCUGAGUAUCAUAAUAUACCAGAGCGGCGACUUCCGGGAACUGUACUCCUAUCGUCGCACGAGCAGAGAUUACUGGGCUGUGUGGGCAAGGCAGCUCGGGGCGGCGAUUCAGCUGACACCGGUGCUCGUGAUAGCGGCAGUGGCUGCCAUACAGACGUGUCGAUACUUGAAUCGCGAAGAACCACCCGAUAUAUUCGAUAACGAACGGGUGGAAGUAACAAUAAAUCAUUGUGAACAAUGUAACGGCAGAAUUCAAUUGCUUUGUCGGCCACCGAUGGAACCGGAGGAUCCUCGCGACGCGCAGACGCAAAUUGGAAGUGACACCAGCACCAGCCUGCACGGGAACGGGAUCCUACCCACCGCGACCACGGAGAUACCUUUCGAGGAUCCGCCGCCGAAGUACACGCCCCCGCCGAGCUACACUACGGCGACCGGGGCGCGGAUCGCGAAGAUGCUGCGGCAGAGCUUCCGGCGGAGCGUGCGGAGGAUCGCGAACGUGCUGGGGGAGAGCAGCGCGCCGCGGCAGAGGCCGGCGUUGCAGCCGCCACCGCCGGAUUAUGCGACCGUCCUGGUGGAGAUGAACCAGACCGGUGCGCCGAUAUCGCGCGAUCACGUCGCGAUCCACGUGUUAUCGGAGCCGCGGCCGGACGUGACGAACACCGGCGGUAGCCGGCACAGCGUGGACGCGUCAGCGAUCGAGCGCCGUCAUCGGCCGAACACCAUCGACCGCGCCAACAGGAUCGGCAUCGCUGGCAGAUCGCGCACGAUCGAACGCACUCACUCGACGAUCGAUCGUGGUCGCCGGCCGUGCGUGAACGCCGCCGCCGCCGCGCACACCCUGUCCGGGUCGAACUUGACAGCCGCCGAUGUGGCGAAUCUGUUGCGUAGCAGCAUACGCAGAGGCACCGCGAGGACGCAGCAGUCUCUACGUAGGAGCUUCUGCCACGAGGAACCGACGGCGGCGGCGUCCGUCGAAAAUCUAGUCGAGGCCGCCGCGCCUAUCGGCGAGGACUCAUUGAUCCUGUCGAAGGACGCGUCUCUAGUCCCCGGCGAGCUGGUCGACAAACGCAGUCGCCGCGACGGCGACGGCCACGACGGCGGCAACGACGGCGACGAGAAGAAGACUGCGAGCGAAAUGGAGAGUUCCGUUUCUGUGAUAUAGACUGAUUAUACAUCGGUCGGUCGUUACAUACACGAUGCCCAAAACCGGGAUUUCGGGUCGGGUGGCUCCGGUUACCGAUUCGCUGCCUCUCUCUAGACUGUAAUUUUUAUCUGUAAUAUAGACGGAGAGAAAACUUCUUCGUUAACUGGAAUCGACGUUGAUCAAUGUCGACCGGCGAUCGGCUCCAAGUGUUUGGAUCCUCUCGAGAUUGGGAUGAUGAUUUUGCUCCCGUGCCCGAACAAUUGCACGCGCUUGUUACUACCCCCGAAGUAUUUUUGUGUUCUUACCGUAUUUAUUUCUUAAUAUGCGAUACAUAUAUACAUAUAUAUUUCUUCGUUAAACAUUUAGAGAAAGUAAUGUUUUUGCAUAAUAUAGUCCGAUGCGCACUUUUGAAUGUUUCGGACUGAAUAUAUCAAUCUUGCAUUUCUUUCAAUGUCAAAGAGCCAGGUAUACGAUUUUAUCCCCAUGAUUUAAUCUCGCAAUGGAUGCGAUUUUUUCUUGUUGAAUAAAUAAUAUUUAAAAACAGAUUUAAUUGCGGCUCUAAAUAUAAUGUAAAUAUGGGCCUUCGCCCUCUUCGCUAAUUAAGCAAAGAAGAAUUAAACUGUUAUUAAAAUAGUGCAGUGCUCUUGUCAAAAAAUAUUAUUGUACUGUCUCUUAAUUCUUGCGUUGUCUCUGGAAAUUAUGCGAAAAAGGAAUGAUUGAGUUAAACGGACGAUUAGCAAACACGUCACAUAAAUCUUCCUAAUUCUCCCACCUGAAAAUUUGAAUUUAAUUCCUUAAAUUAGGAAAUAUUUAACAGCAACGUGCUUUAAGUCAUUUGUUGCAGGGAAAAUUAUGACGAUACUGCGUAACAUAUCCGUGUUCUCUUGUUCAUCGUGAUUAGUCCAUCCUGUAAAUACAUGUAGCAUUUUAGCAAGUAAAUAAAUGUAGCAUUUUUAAAAAAAUUAUCUUACAAUUUUAAAUCGACUCGCUAGACAUCUCGUUUGUCAGCCUCGUAACACGUGUAGUCCGUCCAAUGUCGUCAAUGUUUUCUGCAUUUUUCGAGUGUGGAUUAUCGCGGCGAGCUAAACCGAUUCGCAUGAUAUUAUCAUUAUUAUGCGCUCGACACGCGAUAUGCCAUCGAAAUGUUCCAUCAGAAGCGAGAAAAAAGAUCUUGAACAGCUAACACUGUUGAGAACAUAAAUUCUACAAAGUGUUUGGCUACAAAUAGAUAAAAAGACUAUAGAUUUGAGACAGGAUCUAACAUAUACAAUAUUGUUGGCGAAAUGCUGGCAUAUUGAUGGUGGAAAUUCAGCAAAAAAAUUAUAACAUCUUACACAUUUCAGCACAGAUUGGCGACUGAAAUAAUAGGAUAGAAUCCACGUUUGACAGAUUCUACUCGAUUUCUUACCGCCAAUCUGCUGUCAGACUAUGUCAGCAGGCUUUGCUUGUGAAACACGAGCUUAAUACGGGCACAAUUUAUACCAAUUUUUGUAUUAUUUUUUUUUUUACUCUAUUAUAACAAUUUUUCAUUGGCAUAUUGGCGGACAGUUUGCUUACUGGGAUUAUACGUCAUAUAUCCUCAUGAUCUUUCAUCUCACUAGCGUUAAAAAUCCAUGCAGAUAUUCUGUCCUUUGUAAGUGUAACCGUUAUACCUGACAUUAUGGACCACAAUAAAGUUUUUAUGUUCUUGUAAA